AUGGAGACUGUCCCAGAAUCCGGCGCUCCGGCGACCACGGAAGCCGUCAUGGCCGAUAUCGUAAAAACAGAAGCAUACCCCGAGAUCCCUGGCGCACCCGCUGUGCCAGCUGUGAGCGAGGGCGGCGAGGAUUCUGGCACAGCUUCCUCGAUUACGGUCAACACAAAAACUGCGCCGCCGGCCAACAACUUCCCUCCACCCAAGACGGACAAGCCCCGGCCACACGUCUGCGGAACAUGCCAGCGCUCGUUCGCCCGGCUGGAGCACCUCAAGCGCCACGAAAGGUCACAUACCAAGGAGAAGCCGUUCCAGUGCCCCGAGUGUACACGAUGUUUCGCUCGCAGGGAUCUGCUGCUGCGCCACCAGCAGAAGCUUCACCAGACGACAACGCCCUCGUCGCGCCCUCGGAACCGCAGGGAGAGCGCCAGCGGCGCCGUGCCCCCGGGCAGCCGCGCGCGCAAGAACAGCAUCGCCAGCAGCACCGUCUCGGGCGUGGGCGGCGGCCCCACGACGAUGCGCCCCAGAGCCAACACCAUCAGCCAUGUCGACGGCGCGCACAUAUCCAUGAUGGCGGCCGCCACUGCCAACGUCGCGCGCAUGAACUCGGGUCACCCGCACGGCCACAGCCGCCACCCCAGCCUGGUCGGCCUGCCCAUGCAGCAGCACAUAGAGCACUCGUACGCGGGCAUGGCGGCGGCCAUGGGCCAGCGCGGCAUGGCCCACGGCCUCCCAAAGCUAGAGACGCACGCCAUUGGCAGCUUCGACCCCUUUGCCAACGGGCUGCGCACCGCCCCUCCCAUCGCCGCCUACACCAACGAGUUCGAUUUUGAGGGCCUGCUCUUCGGCUCUGGCUCCACCAUCAACCCCAAUGCGCUGCACUACAGCGACUCUCCACACUCCAUGGCCAUCGAUCCCACCUCGCCCUUCGCCCACGGCGGCAUGGCCGACAUGGCCUCGGCGCACCAGAUGGACGAGACCUUCGACUGGCUGACGGGCUUCGAGCACCAGAUGUCGUUCAACAACGCCCCCGAGCACGCCGUCGACGGCUCUUCUCCCUCGGCCAUCAGCACGGCCAGCCAGAGCGGCAUCAGCGACGUCAUGCUCGACGGCUCCAGCAACCACCCCGCUGUUACCACCGUUGCGCCAUCCACCACCUUCUUCCAGCCCACCGCUAUCAUGGGCCCUCCACAAAUGGCGCACCCCUUCGGCAUCGACAUGACGGGCGGCUUCUUCCCGGACCUGCUCAACGGCACGCCAUUAUCGCCGCAACCGCCGCACCAGAAGGGCAUGAUCGAGCCAUACCUAUCGACGCCCCCGCCAUCGCUGAACUCGAUCAGUCCCUCGGUCCUGUCCGGCAUGGGUGGUCCCAACAUGAAUCACGCGGCCAUGGGCGGCUACGGUGCCGGGCCCGAGACGCCCUCGUCGAUCAAUGGUAGUAACAAUCAUGGCACCUCACCCAUCGCGACUAUCACUGAUUCAACAAGACACGCCAUCCUAGGUGCACUGUCCUGCGGGACGUCGCAGCACUCCCUCCUCACCGGACGCCGAUUUUCGCCCGGGGCCGCGGCAACGCAGCUCCAGGACGGCUCGGCCUCGACGGCAGCGGCGGUCGACAAGCAGCUCCCGAGCACCCAAGACAUGCAGCGGUACGUGGCCGCGUACCUGCGCUACUUCCACCCCCACCUCCCGUUCCUGCACGUCCCCACCCUCUCCUUCGAGCUGCCCGCGAACCUGGUCGGCGGACUGGGUGGAGGCGCCGUUCCCGGGGCCGGCUGCCUGAUCCUGUCCAUGGCGGCAAUCGGGGCCCUGUACGAGAUGGAGUGCGAACAGUCGGCUCACCUUUUCGAGAUGGCCAAGAAGAUGAUCGGGCUCUACCUAGAGGAAAAGCGCAAGGCGACAGUCGGCCUGGCGAGCUUCAGGCGCGCGUCGACGGCCGACACAAGGGCGCCCCCAGCCGACGGGCGGGGGGAAACGCCGCUUUGGCUGGCGCAAGCGAUGCUGCUAAAUAAUAUAUACGGGCACAAUUGCGCGGAUAAGCGCGCCGCCGAGAUUGCUCACACACACUCGGCGACACUAGUCAGCCUCGCCAGUGGAGCGCAGCUUCUCAGGCCAGUGAGGGUGGAGCCGCGGCAGCGCAGCGGGGAUGAGGGCAUGGAUGGGAUCGAAGGUCCCUGGAGUGGGGAAGGACAGCGGCAACAACAACAGCAGCGGCAGCAGCAGCAGGCAUCCGAGGCCGAGCAGCAAGCUGAAUGGCUCAGGUGGAAGGAGAUGGAGGAGCGGAAACGCACGCUAUAUGUCAUCUUCAUCCUGUCUAGCAUGGUGGUGUCAGCGUACAACCACAUGCCGGCCCUAACGAACUCGGAGAUUGGGCUGGACCUGCCCUGUGACGAGGAGUUCUUCGCAGCCGAGAACGCGGCCGAGUUCAAUGCCAAGGGAGGGGUAGCGGCGGCAAAUCACAACCGUAUGACGUUCCACCAGGCCCUUCGGGAUCUCUUGUGCGCCGGCGAGAGGCAGCAGCAGCCCGCGCCGGCGGGGCCAAGCAGCAGCACCAGCACCAGCAGCAGUGGCGCCCACCAGCCCUUUGGCUCGUCCAUCAACCCGGCCGACCUCCCCAGCAGCGACCUGAAGCCCAGCACUUUUGGCUGCCUGGUGCUGAUAAACGCGUUGCACAACUACAUCUGGGAGACGAGGCAGAGGCACCGGAACAGGACAUGGACAAACGAGGAGACGGAGCUGAUGCACCGGCGCAUCGAGCCGGCGCUGAGGGCGUGGCAGGCGGCCUGGGCUAGCAACCCGCGGCACAGCCUCGAGCGACCAAACCCGUUUGGCCUGGGCCCGCUCUCGGCCGACUCGAUCCCGCUCCUGGACCUUGCCUACGUGCGCCUGUUUGUCAACAUGUCGGUCACCAAGGAGAAGUUCUGGCAGCGGGACUGGGACGGGCUGGCGCGCGAGCUCUCUCGCGGCGAGGAGAUUGUGCAGCACGCACAGCACUCGCCCACACAGUCGACAAUAACGGAUAGGUCCGAGACUUCGGGUGCCGGCAGCUCCGUAUUUAUAGAUUCCCCGCCGACCCAGUCGUCCUCGCCAGACUUUGGCGCAGUCAAGACGCCCUCGGCAACAGGCCCCGGGCAACCGCAGCCGCAGGCGGCACAGACUCACAGCACAACGGGCUCCAUGUCGUCGGCGUCGGCGUCGGGUCUCGCGGCGGCCGGACGGGCAACGUCGCGGCGGGAGAAACACCUGAGGCGGGCAGCCUUUUUCGCGGCUGACUCGCUGGCCAUGUCGGACCGGCUCGGGGUGACGUUUGCCGACUUUAGCCGCGAGCUGCCACUGCAGUCGGCCAUGUGCGCGUUCGACUGCUCGCAGGUGCUCGCCGAGUGGGUGGCGACGCUGCAGGACCGGGUGGGCCGGUACCUGGGGGUGCUGGGCAAGGACGAGGUGGAGCUGGGCCAGGUCCCGGCCAUCAUGCUGCUCGAGGAGGAGGACGUCAAGCUGUUGGUGAAGGUGCAGGACGUGGUGGAUAGCGCCGAGAUCAAGAUAACCCUCGACGGCGGCACCCUAGCGGCGGAGCAAGGGGGUUACGCAGCCAAGAUUUUACGAGUGGCGGCGCACAUGCUGGGCAGGUCCGGGGCCUGGCCCAUCACGCGGCUGAUGGGCAGCUGUCUUGAGCAGCACGCCAACCAUAUGCGGCGGCGGGCCGAGAUGUCGGUGGUUGCCAGCGAUUGA